GAGAUUCUUUGUGGACAAAUUGACGUAAGAACAGCACCUCGCGGGUUAGUCUCAGUUACGACUUCGGCAAGGCAAGAUGUGUUCCAAAAGGAUGUCCGUUUCAAGCGCGAUUGCCAUCGCCCUGUUGGUGUUCUAUUCUGUAGAUCAAGCGUCUGCCCUAAAAUGUUACUCCUGCGAGUCAUUUACCAAUGGCCCGUGCUGGACAGAUCCUAAAAGUGGUGACACCCAAAACUGCGGUGCUAAUGGAUUUUCGCAAAUGCUACAAUCGUCGGCAAUCGCCAAUGCAACCGUACGGACGGCCCUUGUGUCAGGAGGCAGCGAUGAUGGUAUCUCCACUAGAGUUGCCGGAGAGGCUGAUUGUGCGAAAUUUAUUGGAACCUUUGGUGGUCAAAAAUACAUUGCAAAAAUGUGUACAGUAAAAUCAAUUUCCUGUGAAUACUAUGCAAGUUAUAUUGAAUCACGCAUUGGUUACAAAGUAGAAUCUUGUCAUCGUUGUGAUGGUGAUUUUUGUAAUUCUUCGAACAAUCUCAACGCUGGAAUCAUGUGUUUGGCCAUAUCCGUCAUCCUGGCAUUUUUCUUCAAGAUGUAAAUACUAAUUAAGACAAAAGAACAAAGCGAACGUUUAUGUAAUAAGAUGAACAAAUGUAUUAAAAAUGUUAUACUGUAA